AGGCAGAAAGGCAACAGCAGCGAGGAAGGAGAAGUCAAGACGUCUGGAAAGAAUUACCCAAUCCUGGCUUCCAGCAGCCCAUUGAACCAGGGACUUGAACCAGUCCCAGCCAAAGACUUUCUCCUGAUUCUGCGCUUCCUGGGUUCUGCUGAGUCUUCACCGGACUUUUUUUUUUUCCUUCUAUACGAAAAAGAGAAGAGAUUUCCCGAUAUCAGGGGAGAAGGACUGGAGCAAAAAGAGUAAUUUUUUAAAAUUAAUUUAUUUUUAAAGUGCUUAAAAAAAAAAAAGAAUCAGGAGAGUUAAGUGCAGCGGAAAUAUCCGAGAAUAUUGGUGAAAUUUCCUUUGAAAGUGGGGGAAGAAUCAAAUCUUCAAGGCUCCCGCAUCUUUCUUUAAAUGUUGUUUUUAAACUUUUUAUUUUUUUUGGCCGGUCGUCUCAAAUUCAUCUGAUCUCUUAUUACCUCAAUUUUGGAAACUGCCCGCCACCGGCCCUCCGGGACCACACAGACAGGCUGAGGACAACUUUAUGACCAAGAGCUGAACAAGAUGCAUUGUGAGAGGUUUCUAUGUAUCCUGAGAAUAAUUGGAACCACACUUUUUGGAGUCUCUCUCCUCCUUGGAAUCACAGCUGCUUAUAUUGUUGGCUACCAGUUUAUCCAAACAGAUAAUUACUACUUCUCUUUUGGACUGUAUGGUGCCUUUUUAGCAUCACACCUCAUCAUCCAAAGCCUGUUCGCCUUUUUGGAGCACCGAAAAAUGAAAAAAUCCUUAGAAACCCCCAUCAAAUUGAACAAAACUGUUGCUCUUUGCAUCGCUGCGUAUCAAGAAGAUCCAGACUACUUACGGAAAUGUUUGCAAUCUGUGAAAAGGCUCACCUACCCUGGGAUUAAAGUGGUCAUGGUCAUAGAUGGGAACUCAGAAGAUGACCUCUACAUGAUGGACAUCUUCAGUGAAGUCAUGGGCAGGGACAGGUCAGCCACUUAUAUUUGGAAGAACAACUUUCACGAGAAGGGUCCCGGUGAGACGGAGGAGUCCCAUAAAGAAAGCUCCCAGCAUGUCACCCAGUUGGUCUUGUCCAACAAAAGUAUUUGCAUCAUGCAAAAAUGGGGUGGAAAAAGAGAAGUCAUGUACACGGCCUUCAGAGCACUGGGACGAAGUGUGGAUUAUGUGCAGGUUUGUGAUUCAGACACCAUGCUAGACCCAGCCUCAUCUGUGGAGAUGGUAAAAGUUUUAGAAGAAGACCCCAUGGUUGGAGGUGUUGGGGGAGAUGUCCAGAUUUUAAACAAGUAUGAUUCCUGGAUCUCCUUCCUCAGCAGUGUGAGAUACUGGAUGGCUUUUAACAUAGAAAGGGCCUGUCAGUCUUAUUUUGGGUGUGUCCAGUGCAUUAGUGGACCCCUGGGGAUGUACAGAAACUCGUUGCUGCAUGAAUUUGUGGAAGACUGGUACAAUCAGGAAUUUAUGGGCAGCCAAUGCAGUUUUGGUGAUGACCGGCAUCUAACGAACAGAGUGCUGAGUCUGGGCUAUGCAACAAAAUACACAGCUCGGUCCAAGUGCCUUACGGAAACACCUGUAGAGUACCUCCGAUGGUUAAACCAGCAGACCCGUUGGAGCAAGUCAUACUUCCGAGAGUGGCUGUACAAUGCCAUGUGGUUUCAUAAACAUCACUUGUGGAUGACCUACGAAGCGGUUAUCACUGGAUUCUUCCCUUUCUUUCUCAUUGCCACGGUAAUCCAGCUCUUCUACCGGGGUAAAAUUUGGAACAUCCUCCUCUUCUUGUUAACUGUUCAGUUAGUAGGUCUCAUCAAAUCAUCCUUUGCCAGCUGCCUUAGAGGAAAUAUCGUCAUGGUCUUCAUGUCCCUCUACUCAGUGUUGUACAUGUCAAGUUUACUUCCCGCCAAGAUGUUUGCAAUUGCAACGAUAAACAAAGCUGGGUGGGGCACAUCUGGAAGGAAAACCAUUGUUGUUAAUUUCAUAGGACUCAUUCCAGUCUCGGUUUGGUUUACAAUCCUCCUGGGUGGUGUGAUUUUCACCAUUUAUAAGGAAUCUAAAAAGCCAUUCUCAGACUCCAAGCAGACAGUUCUCAUUGUUGGAACGUUGCUCUAUGUAUGCUAUUGGGUUAUGCUUUUGACUCUGUAUGUGGUUCUCAUCAAUAAGUGUGGCAGGCGGAAGAAGGGACAACAGUAUGACAUGGUGCUCGAUGUAUGAUCUUACAUUGAUUGACAUUUGCAGUCACGCAUGAGGACAAACAAAACGUUAGUUCCUGCAAAGACCGUACAGUAUUGUGGCAUCAGAGAAUGCCACCACAGGAGACAUAUCACUGCUGCUGGGACUUGAACAAAGACAUUUCUAUGGGUUUAUUUUGAUUCUGCCAAAGUAAAAUGAUACGUCAACAAGAAGAAACUCAGAUGUAACCUGUUACUUCUAUGAAAAUGGGAAGAAUUCUUUGUUUAUGCACUUUUCCCUUACUGUACAUCUGCCUAACAGUGUUUUGCCCUAUAUACCUCACUAGCCAUGCUUUAUGUGGGUUAUCAUGGAAGAAAGGAUUUUGGAAACUCAAGGAAAAGUUCUUACAACAUAUACAACCUAACUUAUGGACUGUGUUGAUCGCUAAUUGUUCUUUAGAAAGGGUUUUCACUUUAACUGCCAAAUGAGAUGCCAAAGGAAAUUUUUGAGGCCGUUGGCUGUGCUGUAUUUUUAUAUAAUUGUACUGUGUUUUAAAAUUUUGUAUGCCCAUUUUUAAAACAAAUUUUGCAUAUUCUAUAUUUUUCCUUCUCUGCCAAAAUACACCUGUUCUUCCUUUAUAAAAAAAUAAAAUAAAAUAGGUUCUGAAAAAAAUUCAAACUUAUAAAACCUACCCAAAAUGUGAAGCUUGGUUGACGGAUGCUGUUCAUGAUAGAAAGAAUAAAAUGUUUCUCUCUCUACCUUUUCAAAUCGAAUAGUUUAUUUCUGUGAAAAAGAAUUUAAACUUCCAAUAUUUUAACUUUUUAAAACUUCAUUUGGAAAAGGCCAAUAAUACCUGUCACACUUUGGGAGUAAAAAUACAUACUUAUGUGUGAAAGAAAAAGUAAAUAAAUGAAAAUCAAGGCCAAAAGGGUAGAAAAGUGCAAUUUUUUUUUUCAUAAGAUUAAAAAAAAAAGGGAAUACUCAAAAGAAAACACUGGGAAGCCAGCACUGGACAUAACAUGCAUAUCACAGAUGAAUAAUCGAAGAUUCUGGCAAUGGUUUCCCAGGCUGAGUAUUAGGGAAAGUGGAAAAAAAUUACCUGUAUAAUUUGGACAAAUACAAUGCAGUUAAUUUUGUUCUGUGGCUUGAAUUCACCAGAUCCUGUCUAUAUAUUACAUAUUAUUUUACCUGUCUUUUCCAGCUUGCCAGUUCACUUUGUAUGUUAGCCAGAGGUUUCCAGGAUUUAGUUGGAUAAAUUAAAAUAAAUGUAAAGUGUACAGAUUCAAAAUGGCAGGUUUAAGUUCCAAUUAUCAGCCUCUUUUACUUUUUGAUGGGGCUUUUAUUCUGAAUUAUUCUACAGAUAAUUUCAUCUUUUCUGUUGACCAACAUAAAUAUGUUUACAUAUUAGAAAUGAUAUCAAGGUUUAAUAAAUGUAUCAGAAAUUGGCACAUGAAAAAUUAACAAACCAGAUGCCUGUAGUCUAGCGAAUUCACUUCUCCAGAGCCUCGGUUAUCCAGUUUGACUUUUGACACUACCCAUCUUGCUUUGUAGCUGGUGCUGUGUAGACCUGUGUUAAAAACACAAUUGAACCUAUGAAUAGUUACAUAGAAAGUAUUGUGAUGAAACAGUCAUGUGGAGAAGUGUUGGGCCAUGUACUUCCUGCCUUUCUGCUUUUUUCAAGCAGACUUCUAUGUUCCAUCUAUCCUAAGAAAAAGAUGCACAUUCUACCUUUGGAAUGCAACAAGGUACAUAACAUUCUUCCACUCCAUCUCUCACUGAUUGGAGAGCUUGUGGGAAACAAACACCGUGCCAAUACAUGAGACUAAAACUUGAGUUUGCCUUUUUAACUAUUUAUGUUCUAAGUUAAGCUUUGAUAACAUUCAAAUGUCAAAUUCUCUCAUUCUUAUAGAAGAUUGAAUUAAUUGCCUGUAUUUAUUUUAGCAAUUAUUCAAUGUAU